AUGUCCGAUGAAGCGCUUUUCGUGGAUAUUUCUCCUCUGGAAGAUAUUUUGGAAAAGUUUUUCACAGAUAAUGACACCCCUUCAAACUGGAUUCCAAACCAGAGCUUGAUAGAGCUCCCUAGCGAGAAAGACGAUGGGGAAAACACGCUGUUGCAGUCGCAAGUAAGUUUUAGCUGCAAUGCGGAGUCAGCCAUGGACAGCACGCCUCAAAGCCUGCAAAGUUUGCAAGAAUUCAACCAACAUAUAUCAGACGACGAGUUAACGAAGUUGUCAGUGCGGGACCUGAACCAAAGGUUAAAAUGUUUACCGAAAGCAGAAGCGAAGGUGCAUAGAAGACGAAGAAGAUGCUUAAAAAACCGUGCGUACGCUACAAGCUGUCGACAACGGCGUACAGCGUUCAAAGAACGACUGGAAACAGAGAACCAGCGGCUAAAAGAGCAGCUACGACAAGCGAAAGAACGUCUUUGCAGCGCAGUGAAAGAUAGGGACUCCUAUAAAAAGAGAUUUGACCGACUACACAAGGCUUAUGCAACAUUGAAUGAGCCUUCUUUUGUUAUGGGACAUAAACAGUGA